GGCACAAUAUAUUACAGUCUAGGGCUCGCUGCUGAAAAGCCUGCUGGAUCUUCCAGUGACCUGCUGUUCUUUCCUGCUUUCCUGUGUGUUUUUUUUUUCUUCUUCUCUAGAUUUAGAUUAAAAACAAAGCCCGGUCCUCCUUCUCCCUUGUCUUUUUAGACCUCUGCAAAGAAGCCCUGUAGUUUUGAGGUACUGUUACAAGGUUGGAAGAUUCGAAUGGAGAUACGUGUUUGUUUUUGUAGCUUGUUGGGGACAUUUGCAGAAGGACAAGUCUAAGGAGAGCUGGACGUGAUUCUUCGGAAUUCCCUGCUUCUCCCAUUCUCCUGAUCUGUCGGACAGUAACAAAGUGGGACGUCAGGGAAUUCUCGGGGGAAAUCCAGUCCAAGUGUGAAGUAAGGGGAUCUGUUUUUGGAGGACUCCUUGUCGGAUGCACUGACUGUCUUCUGCGGCUCCGAAAGGACAGAGCCGGGUUCCCGAGCUCAAUCCGGGGCUCAGUCCCCUGGUAGAGGGGGAACGCAAGAGUACGGAGGGUCAGUGCAUUGCCCGUCAAACCGGCAUCCCUCCGUUGACCAUGUACCCACAGGGUAGACACCCGGUACCUCUGCAGCCUGGACAGUCAUUUAAGUUUACAGUUCUGGAGACCCUGGACCGCAUUAAAGAGGAGUUUCAGUUCCUUCAGGCUCAGUACCACAGUCUCAAGUUGGAGUGUGAGAAGUUGGCCAGUGAGAAAACUGAGAUGCAGCGCCACUAUAUCAUGUACUACGAGAUGUCCUACGGGCUCAACAUUGAGAUGCACAAACAGGCGGAGAUCGUGAAGCGACUCAGUGCUAUCUGUGCUCAAAUCAUCCCUUUCCUCUCUCAGGAGCAUCAACAGCAGGUUGUUCAGGCGGUGGAGCGAGCUAAACAAGUGACCAUGGCAGAGCUCAACGCCAUCAUAGGGCAGCAGCAGCUCCAGCACCUGUCUCACCACACUCCAGGUAUUCCUCUCACUCCUCAUCCUUCAGGUCUGUCUCUGGGUGGGACGUCCAGUCUGUUGGCCCUCACUGGGGCCCUGGGAGUCACGGCACACCUGGCCAACAAGGACGAACGCAACCACCUAGACCCAGAGCACCUACGAGAGGGUGCGCCCAGCAGGAGUAAAUCAGUGUCGUCGACUGACAGUCAGGCGGUGGAGGAUCGUCAGGGUCCGUCAGGGGUUUAUUCCUCUCAGGCCGGUGGUGAUGCCAAACGGAGACGCUGUGAGGAAAAAGACAUUCUGCAGUCCCACUACGACAGUGAUGGAGACAAGAGCGAGGACAAUCUUGUAGUAGACGUCUCGAAUGAGGAAGCUUCCUCUCCGGUCGGCAGUGCUCCUCUCUCUCCUCAUGGAAAUGGACUGGAUCGAGCUCUACCACUGAGGAAAGAGCUCCCAGGAUCCCCCAGUCCCCCCACAGCCUCCCCGCCACACAGCCCAACCCCUGGCAAAAACAAGGACACGGCACAAACAGAAAAAUCUCAGUCGCCUUCCUCAAAAUCAGGCAAUUCCUCUCCCUCUCACCAUGACCCUCUCACCCCUGGUCCACCCGGCCCACCGGGACCCAGCACGUCCUGUUUACGCCUGGUCAACAAACCUGCCUCCUCGGCAGACCCUCUGGCUCUGCGGAGCCCCUUAACCAUGACGCCCGGUUCUUACCCAGCUCACUUUGGGGUGGUGUCUCACGCUGGGCUGAAUGGAGAGCUGGCCAGUCCGGGCGGAUUCGGAGGCUCACUCACCCUCUCGCCCCAAAUCAGUGCUGCAGCCAGUGCCUACACACGCAGCCCUAUGGUAGCGUAUGAAUCCCGUUCACAUCUCAGGCCCUCAGGGCUGUCCUCCUCACUUCCUGGCUCUACUAGUGGCAAACCUGCUUACUCGUUCCAUGUGAGCGCAGAUGGUCAAAUGCAGCCGGUGCCCUUUCCUCCUGAUGCCCUCCUCGGCCCUGGCAUCCCGCGUCAUGCCCGUCAGAUCCACACUCUGAGUCAUGGAGAGGUGGUGUGCGCCGUCACCAUCAGCACUUCCACACGCCACGUCUACACCGGUGGCAAAGGUUGUGUCAAAGUAUGGGACAUCAGCCAACCAGGCAGCAAGAGCCCGAUGGCCCAACUGGACUGUUUGAAUCGAGACAACUACAUCCGCUCAUGCAAGAUUCUCCCAGAUGGCCGGACCUUAAUAGUUGGGGGCGAGGCCAGCACACUGUCCAUCUGGGACUUGGCCACACCCACUCCACGCAUCAAGGCAGAAUUGACGUCUUCGGCUCCGGCCUGCUACGCUCUGGCCAUCAGUCCUGACAACAAGGUCUGCUUCUCCUGCUGCAGUGACGGAAACAUCGUAGUCUGGGACCUGCACAACCAGACACUCGUCAGGCAGUUCCAAGGCCACACAGAUGGAGCCAGUUGUAUUGAUAUUUCUAAUGAUGGGACCAAAUUGUGGACGGGAGGUCUGGACAACACUGUACGCUGCUGGGACCUGAGAGAAGGGCGACAGCUGCAGCAGCAUGACUUCACAUCACAGAUCUUUUCUCUGGGUUACUGUCCUACGGGUGAAUGGCUUGCAGUGGGGAUGGAGAGCAGUAAUGUGGAAGUGCUGCACGUCUCCAAACCAGACAAAUACCAGCUACACCUUCAUGAAAGCUGCGUUCUCUCGCUCAAGUUUGCCUACUGCGGGAAGUGGUUUGUAAGCACAGGAAAGGACAAUCUUCUCAAUGCAUGGAGGACGCCUUACGGAGCCAGUAUUUUCCAGUCAAAGGAGACCUCAUCUGUCCUGAGCUGUGACGUGUCUCCAGAUGACAAGUAUAUUGUAACUGGAUCUGGGGACAAGAAAGCCACGGUGUAUGAGGUGGUGUACUGAACGCAGACGCAAGAAUGAACAAAGAACACCAAGCAUGACACAAUCAUGGCCGACAUCUCGGGCAACCAUGGCUCUUUCAUUUAUGGUCCUUUCACUCCAUCUGUUUCAGAGAUAGAAAAAGGCUUUCUUCAAAUUAGCAUUCUACAUUGUACAUUUUGUAGUACAUUGUGCUACAUACUACAUUUACCAAAACGUCCUGUAUAAAAAUGUAAUUGUGCUCAAAGUGACCUUCCAGUUUAAAGCUGACAUGAGAUGGAAAUUCGGCCAAUUUUCCUAAUGCAUCUUAAUCUUGUUGAAACCAAUUUUAACCGAUUUAAUAACAAAUAACCUGACCUUCCUGUCAAAAGACAAGCUGAUAUAUGACCGACCUCUUCAAUCAUAUAGUUGGUUUAAACCCCACCCCUUUCUGCAAACCUGCGUUAACAUCUCUAAUCAACAGCCAGUGGAUUGAUGUCUAACGAUUUUUACUUAACAAUACCAAUAUAGGCAGAAUGAUGGCUUAGUGGUUUGCACUGUUGAUUCACAGCAAGAAAGUUGCUGGUUUGAGUCCCGGCUGGGCCAGUUAGCAUUUCUGUGUGGAGUU